GGGGCGCUCGAGGCUCACAGCCUCGCGGAGUCUGGGCAGUCUGCGCCAGGCAAUUGGGCUGCCGCGCCGCCAACCCAGGCGCGAUGUAUCUCCGCAGGGUGGUCUCAAAGACCUUGGCGCUGCCGUUGAGGGCUCCCCCCAACCCGGCGCCGCUCGGGAAGGACGCAUCUCUUCGCUGGAUGUCAUCUAACAAAUUCCCUGGAACAUCUGGAUCCAAUAUGAUUUAUUAUCUGGUUGUAGGUGUCACAGUCAGUGCUGGUGGCUAUUAUACUUACAAGACAGUCACGUCAAAGCAAGCCAAACACACAGAACAUAUAACAAAUUUGAAAGAAAAAACAAAAGCAGAGUUACAUCCACUUCAAGGUGAAAAAGAGAAUGUGGCAGAAGCUGAGAAAGCGAGUUCAGAAGCUCUGGAAGUUUCUGUUGUGCAAGCUGAGGUGGUAGGUGCUGAAGAAAUUGCAGAGGCUGCAGUUGGGGACGUAGAAGAGUCUGCGGGUCCAGGUGAUGUGGAGGCCACUAAGGAGGAGGUGACGGCUGUGGGUGCUGAAAUGGAGCCCAAGGUUACAAGUGCACAGACAGGUGACACCACAGAGGACGGUUCUGAAAUGACCCCAGAGGCUACGGAUGUAGCAGCGAGUGAAGGCAUUUCCACCUGUAACAAUCAAGGUAUUCCAGAGAACGACUGCUCCCAGGAAUGUGCUGAGCUGGAAGGAACUUGUCCAGCCGAUUCCCAGUCCUCUGCUGGGCCUUUGCAGGAAGAAGCUGAUGCUGGUUCCGAGGCUGCCUCAGGCUAAUCUCCUGCCAGUAGCAGGUUCUGCAAAAACAAAAACAUAAUAGCGUGUCUAAUAGCUGCCUUUGUAUUUUCAGUAAUUUUGGUUUUGAAAAGACAUCUUCCUAAAACACUUCGAUGAUCCUUGAAGAUUUUUGGUAUCUUCUGGUAGAGUUUUGAGAGAUUUCCAAUUUUACAUUUCUUAAUUAUUUUCUACUCUCUAAAAUUAGAUCGUGACAUUGCAGUAAAGAGUUUAUAGUUUUAGCUGGGUACAGUGGCACACGCCUGUGAUCCUAGCAGCUUCAGAGGCUGAGGCAAGAGGCUCACAAGAUCCAGGCCAGCAUCAGUAACUUAGUGAGAUCCUGACUUAAAAGAAAAAUUAAAAAGGGCUGGGGAUGUGGCUCAGUGGUUAAGCACCCCUGGGUUCAAUUCCUGGUACCAAAAAAAAAAAAAACCCAGCUGAAAUAGUAAUUUUACCUUGAAUUUAAAUUUUGCAUUAUAGGAAUUAUCUCUACAUCUUGUUUUCACUCUAAUUUUGCUCUUUUUGCUCUGCUUUUACCUUACUUUAUUAUGUAGAACUGGAUUAUCAAGCUCAAUUUGAACUCAUUUGAAUAAAAUUAGAAAAUCUUUAGUGUUUCUAUUUUUAUUCACUAAUACUUACAUAGGUAUAAAUAAUACACUGUGUUAUAUAUUAACAUAUACACAUGAAGAAAUUAAGCUUUCAUAAUAUGAUUGAAGAAGGGACAUAUUUGUGGAGAACUGUGCCUAUGAUAAUGUAUAUGCCUUCCCCUCUCUCUAUUAAUAUAUAACAGGCUGUGCAGAUAUUUCCUGGUUUAAUUCAAACAAUAUUUUUUGAGGACUUA